UUUGAUCUAUUUAACCCACUUCUCAGAACAAUCUCUUCCUUUUUCUUGUUCUUCAUAGAUUUUGAUUCAAUCAACUAAGAGGGUGUGUUUUUAAUCCCUCUCUGUUACUUUUCUUUUUUUCCUAGUCUUUCAAAAAGUCUCUCCUUCAAGAUCCAUGGCAGCCAUAGAUAUGUUCAAUAGCAACACAGAUUUCUCAGAUCCUUUUCAAGAAGAGCUCAUGAAAGCACUUCAACCUUAUACCACCAACACUGUUUCUUCUUCUUUUUCUUCUUCUCCAUCUCCGUAUUCAAACACAGUCUUCGGUUUCAAUCAAACCACACCUCUUGGUCUAAACCAACUCACACCUUACCAAAUCCACCAAAUCCAAAACCAGAUCAACCAGAGACGUAACAUAAUCUCUCCAAAUCUUGCCCCAAAGCCAGUCCCAAUGAAGAACAUGGCCACUCAGAAACUUUAUAGAGGAGUUAGACAAAGGCACUGGGGAAAAUGGGUAGCUGAGAUCCGUUUACCCAAGAACAGGACCCGACUCUGGCUUGGAACUUUCGACACAGCUGAAGAAGCAGCCAUGGCUUAUGAUCUAGCUGCUUACAAGCUACGAGGCGAGUUCGCGAGGCUUAAUUUCCCACAAUUCAGACACGAGGAUGGAUACUACGGAGGAGGUAGCUGCUUCAAUCCUCUUCAUUCCUCUGUUGACGCAAAGCUCCAAGCGAUUUGUCAGAGCAUGGGAAAAACAGAGGAUGUUGAUCUCCCCUGUUCUGAAACAGAGCUUUUCCCGCCAAAAACAGAGUAUCAAGAAAGUGAAUAUGGGUUCUUGAGAUCUGAUGAGAAUUCGUUUUCAGAUGAGUCUCAGGUUGAAUCUUCAUCGCCGGAAUCGGGUAUUACUACGUUCUUGGAUUUCUCGGAUUCGGGGUUUGAUGAGAUUGGGAGUUUCGGUUUGGAGAAGUUUCCUUCUGUGGAGAUUGAUUGGGAUGCGAUUAGCAAAUUGUCUGAAUCUUAAACCAAACAAAGAAGACAAGACUUUUUAUUUUAUUUUCUUUUAGGAGUUUGUCUUUUCUAUUUCAGUGUCUGAUGAUGUCUUAUAUUAAUCUCUGCAACUGAAAUUUUUAACAGUUGAUGAGAGAAUCGUCUCUAGGGUUUGUUUCUGUUGAAAUCUUCCUCUAUGUUUUGGUCUGACUGGUUUUUGUCUUCGUUUUUUUCUUUCAAAAACCUUAGUCAUUGACCAAUCGGAGAAGUUUCCAUGUAUUAUCUUAUCUUAAAAUUUGUAAUGAAGAAAAUGUAAAUUAUUAG